AUGGAUUCAUCAGAUGGGUUUGAACAUAUUACGCAGCCUUUGGAGGAUGUAAAAGAGAAGGGUGUGGUGGAUAAUGAUGUUGUGAGUGGUGAGGGGAGAACAACACGAAAAACAAAAUUAACGACGACGAGGAAGAGGCUACCGGUGACAAACUCCAAGGCCGCUCAAACAAAUCCUGAAGAUGAGACGCCCGAAACACGUCCAACUUGGACCCGAAUGCAUCUUCGAUACUUGUCCACCGAAGUUUUGGAAGAAAACAACAUAGAUUAUGUAAUCGACAGUCAGAAUCCAGAGUACGUCUUGAUUCAACGUUGGGUUCCCGAAUAUGAGCAAGAUUUUCUUUGGGCUGCAACUCGUGCUUCACGUACCAGACGCAAUUCCGAGAACCGUCGCUCCAGCUCUCCAUAUCCAUCACGUGUUCGUUCCAACCGAGCUUCGUCGCCUGGUAUCAUUGAAGUCCGUGUAGGUAAGCAAGGAGCGGAGCUCAAGCUUGAUAUUAAUAGAAUGGAAUUUAAAGAUUGGGCAGGAUCAAAGUAUAUGGAGCAAAGAGGGAAACAUGUGCUGGAUGUUGCGGUGGAGGAUGGAAAAGCGAUCAGAGUUGCGAUCAACUCAGAGGCUUUGAGAGACGAACUGAGAAUAGUGAUAGGAGCUGGUGUGGGUCUUGUGAUAAGUGAAUGGCGUAGAGUUUUAACAGGGCCUUGGAAGGUACUUGUGGAAUAUGAGGAAGCGAUCAAAUCACGAUUGCACAAACUGGAGGAGAUGAUGAAAUCUCGAGACGAAACAUUGGCGGAAAACCCGGUGGAAGACAAAAACAAAGUGACCGAUCGAGUUCAUGAAGACAGAAGAUCAGAUCGCAAGGUCAGAUUUAGAGACCCCCCCUCCAGUUGCGAGGUUUGUGAUGUUGUCUAUCCUCCUCACGAAACCCCUCUCGCAUGCAUCGAUACUAGAGUGGCCCACUUAAAGUGUCUGAUCGAAUUCAUGGACUACGAUCUGAGACAUGUUUUCGACCUCCGACAACAGAUCAAAGACGGUUCUGUCACCGAAAUUGCUUUCACUGAUCUUUGGCAUUUAUUCAGUCCCGGCGAUCUGAUUGUCACCUACCCCAUGUCUCGUGCGUAUCGAGUCUUUCAUACAUCAGGUGGUCGGCUGCGUUUAUCUAAACCUGAGUUAUUUGAAAAGAAAACAGUGGGCUCGCCUUUCAAUAUUAACUGUUUUUAUAUGAAUUCUGAUUGGAAGACCGUUGGUCCGAUUCAUGAAACUUUAAGAAUAUCAGAGUAUGCUGGAAAGAAGCCAGUGUCGGAGCUACUAGUUGAGCUGGAUGGAAAGCUCAUGACAGAGAGAGUCACAGUUUUUCCCCUUAAACUACUCUCAAUCAGUGAACAGGAGGAGGAAACUUCACAUCUGAUUGCUAGAGGAAAGAAAUCGAGAGCCUUCAAGAAAGGUGAUCACAAGUAUUAUUUAGGCAGUGCUGGGGAGGAAGUGUCGAACUCGUCAAAUGAUGAAGACUUAAAAUUUGCAGGGCGACCACCAGGGUACGGGAUGGGCCCUUUCGUAAAUUUAAAGAAAGAACGCGAAGAAAUCAAAAGCGAAAUCAUCAUAGACAGCGAGUACGAGACUGAGAAUAAAGCUAUUGGUCUUUUUGACGCAAUUGAAUUCGAUUCCAGGGAAACCGCUGAGAAUUGCACUCAUUAUGGAGUAUCGAACAAUCAAUACUUCGAUGACCGCGGCUUUCAGAGAGAUUGUCGAUGCUCGGACUUGGUCGUGGAUAAUGUUGUUGAUAAUGAUCGUGCGGCCAAGUACAAAGAUGAUAUGCACCUCUUGCAUCCUUGUGAUGUUAACGAUGAACUCGAAGAUGAGUUUCUCAUGCUAUUGCCGCCCACGGUUGAAGGAUUCGUACUGGAGAAAAAGAAAUGGAAGAUGCUGAGUGUGGAUACGAUAAGUGAUCUGAAGCAAGAAAGCGUUGACAAUCCUGUGAAUUUCAAAGCUCUCAUGGUACCUGAAGGACACGAAAGUCUAUUGAAAGCAUUGGUGGGGACGCACUCCAGCAGUCAAUCACUUCCUUCCAAAACAAGCAGGGAUCCAUCAAGCCUAGCAAUUCUGCUCCACGGACCAAAAAGCACGGGGAAAUUUCUCACCGUGAAAGCACUCGCCUCUCAUUUUAACAGACCGCUGUACACCAUUACUAGCGCAGAUCUCGGUAUAACCACAUGGGAUGCUGCACGGGAGCUUGCUACCCAUUUCAAACGGGCCACAAAAUGGAACUGUAUAAUUGCAAUUCCAGACGCGGAACGUCGGUUCCCUCAUCGCAAGAGCCCUUCAGAUGGUGAUUCCAAUAUGUCAGGGUUAUUUCUAAGGGAAUUAGAAUUAUUCAAAGGCGUUGUUAUUUUAACAACCGAUACGAAAGAUGAUGUGGAGGAGCAAGUUGUGAGAGGUAUGAAUGUAUGUCUCGGAAGCGAUUUCUGGAGCAGAUCAGAAAACCUUCGAGUUUGGCAGCAAGUUUUGAAAAAGCGUGGAAUUUUCCUUGCAAAAGAUAAUGAUGAACUGCCGGCAGGAACUACAGCGACAAUUGCGGAAGCGGACUAUGAUCGUUGGUUGAGAUUCAUAAAUGGAGAAUAUAGAACAGGAAAGCGGUGGAGUGGAGUGGAAAUGGACAAUUACUUUGAUACAGCGUUGGCUCUGGCGGCAUAUGACACCGAUUCUACCAGCGGAUCGAUGUAUAUCUUGAAGGACAGUCACUUGAGUAUUGCAGCAAGGGUUACUGGUACUUCAGUUUUCUCCGUAUUGUAG